AUGGUCUGUUUGGGCCAAUGGGCUGGAAUUAAGGCGCGACAGCAUACAACACCGCCUGGAGCAUCUCCUGCCGUUGCCAAUGGAUACAACUCCUCCGCAUCCGCAGUCAAUGCUAUCUUCUUGAUGUUCAACAUAUUCUGCAUCAGCGUUCUUCGAGCCAUUCGACCGGCAUUCACUAUCCCCGGAAUUCAAUAUACCAUCUUCGUUAUGGUUGGUUUCGUUUAUGGACCGCAGGAAUCGACAGUGGACCGUAGCCAACAGUUCCUGAAAGAGUUGUUAUACAGUUUUCUUACCGGACAGGCAAUUUCUGCAGGGGUUUCGCUGCUCGUCAUUCCGGUAUCCUCCAGGAAGGUCUUCUUUGGUGAAGUCACGGGGUUCCUGCAAACCUGCAGAGGUCUCUUGCAGGUGCAAUUAGGGUUUAUAAAGGUCCUGCACCAUUCAGCGCUUUCCAGCUCUGCCGGAGAACCUGGAGGUACCAAUGCAACGACCAGUGGAGCUGAACGCAACAUAAAAUCUUCUGCCUUAAAAUCAACAUCAUCAGGUCUUCUCUCCUUAGGGGCUAAACUCCAAGAAGACGUUAUGUUCGCCAAGCGUGAGAUUGCCUUUGGACAUUUACGCGAAACGGACAUCCACAUGGUACAUGGGCUCCUCAGAGACAUUAUGAUUCCAAUCACCGGCGUCUCCACCAUUGCAGAUAUUGCAGAAAGGGCUCAUUGUCGAUUUGGUGGCGCUGAACCAGGGCAGGCCCUUGAAGCGAGCCCAGACUCAGAGCAGGACGGGUGGCAAGAACUGUUCCAAGGCCUCUCAGUAUCCCUUGAGACCGUUGUCCAAAUCCUCGACGAGAGUAUUUUGCAUACAAUGGUGUUGCUCAAACUCGCACCCAGUCCGAAACAAAAAGGGCCAAGCGAUGUUGAGAUUGGCACAGGGCCACCUAAACCAGGAGACCUCAAAUUCGGAGAUUAUUUGGAAGUGCGGAUUCAAGAUUUCCGGAAAGAUAGAUCCUCCGAGCUUCAGCGAUGGGCAGAAGAGAAAGGCCUAAACUCUGUUUUCAAGAAUACCGCAAAGCACACGAUGCCUCCAGCAAAUCAAGACGACAUAAACUCUGAGACGGAAGCACGAGAAGUCACAGCCUCAAAACGGCUGCAUAUCGUUCUCUAUAUGGAAUUUCUGCUUUACUCGACUGCAAAGGCUAUCUUGUCAAUUGUUCGAUUCGCGGAAUCGAAGGUUUCGGAUGGAACAAUGACGAAGAAGCGCUUCAUUUUCCCUGCAUCCAAGACCCUGAUUAAGAUCAUUCAAGGCCUUGUCAAUGGUGAUGAGCCUGGGCCUGAUACGGAGGACAUGGAAGCACUAGGUGAAACAGUCUCUCUUGGAGACUCUUUCCAGAAACCAAAGGAUCCUGAGCAUUUACCCCCCAAAAAUGCUAGACAAGCUUUGGGUGAACAUCUUGGAGUUAUCCCAAAGUUCCUGGGAAGUGAUGCCGUGAGGUUCGGUGUCAGGGUUACCAUUGCAACCAUGAGUAUUGGUAUCAUGGCUUAUCUAAAGAAUAGCCACGUUUUCUUUAUCAAACAGAGAGUCGUGUGGGCUUUGGUCAUGAUAGCCAUUGGAAUGAGCCCAACAUCGGGAAGUGCUGUCUUCAACAUGCUUGGUAAUACGACUUGCACUCUCUUUGGGAUGAUUGGGUCUUUCAUCAAUUGGUAUAUGGUCGACGGAAAGACUGCUGGCGUCAUAGUGUUCUUCUUUUUCUUUCUAAUGUUCUAUUUCUACUUUGCUGCCAAGUUUCCCCGAUUUCUCGUAGCUAUUGUUGCAGGCGCACUUACUCACGUUUUGAUUAUUGGGUACGAGUUGCAAGUUCGUGUAAUAGGAAUUAAGAUUGCAACAUCUACAGGGCAGGAGUUCUAUCCCAUCUACAAAUUAGCACCAUUUCGACUUCUCACAGUGGCGGGAGGAUGCUUCGUUGCCUAUAUAUGGACCAUCUUCCCUGUCCCCAUCACCGAAGGGUCGGUUCUUCGCAGAGACCUUGGUGUUUCCUUAUAUCUGCUUGCCAACUAUGUCAGCGCAGUCACCGCAACUGUCGACGAACGACUGACACAACCAGACGGAGACAUGAGCCGGAGACUUUCCAAAUUGCGCCAUGAAAUUUUGGCCAAGCAGAUAGUAUUGGUCAUUUCGAUGAGGCAAAAUUUAUCAUUCCUUGCCUGGGAGCCACGAUUGGGUGGCGAUUUUCCUAAGGACGUCUACAAGUCCAUUAUUGACGAGCUUCAGGAUGUGAUUAGUUACCUCACCAUCAUAUCAUACGCUUCAGAAAGCUUCAGAACUUUAAGAGAGGACCCCCAAACAUCGAAUUGGCUUUCACAAUUUGCACGAUCUAGAUCAGACAGCGGCAAUAUAUCCCACAAAAUCACCUCCCUCCUUGCACUCCUCUCGGCAUCUGCACUCAAUGGUCACGCUCUUCCUCCUUACCUGAAAGCUCCCAUUGACGUUCGAUUCUCAUCCGACGACUUAGUCGACGAACAAACACAUGUUCUUGAUCUCCAAAAUCUCAACGAGCCUGGGUUCCGAGCAAUUGCAGUCAUAGAGGUCGCUCAAAGGUGCCUGGUUGAUUCUAUCCACAGGAUCGUAGAUCAUGUGAAAGAGCUGGUUGGAGAGGUGGAUUUCAGCUACCGUAUGAAGGAUGUGUCCGAUGCCUCAAGUCUUGGUGGAAAUGGGGAGCGAAAAGAGAAAGUGUACUGA